GUAAUUUCUAAGAUUUUGGAACAAAUCGAUUUCUAAUAUUAAACUUUCUUAAAAAUAGCUUAACUACAUCCCGUAUAAAUCCCCAUAAACACCAUCCAAUUAUCCUCAGACCUGCGAGAAACAAAAACAAAAAAAGUAAACAAAACUACCAAAAAAAAAAACAGAAAAAAAACCUUUCAGGUCUCAACUAGCAAUGGAGAUGAAGAAGAUUGCCUGCGGAGUCGUUUUCGCUGCUGCUUCCAUGACUGCCGUCAUGGCUGCAGAUGUUGGAGCUCCGGCACCAGGACCCGCCGCCAGCGGAGCCUCUAUAGCCGUUCCGGCUCUUGGCUCUUUGGUUGGAGCUUCCCUUGUGUCUCUCUUCGCCUACUACUUGAACUAAGCUUAUAUUUAAAGAAAAAAGAAGAAAUAUUGAUGUCUCUGUCAAUUUUUACAAUGUCCAAUUUUGUGUGUGUUGUUUAGACAGGCAAAGUGAAUAAAACGAAAGAGAAAACAAUUUGAUAAUGGUCAGACAUGUUUUUAUGUAAAAUGCUGAUUAAUAAAUAUAUGUAUGUGCAUGUUUUCUCUUUUUCAUAUAUUUUUCUUAUAUUACCAGUUUACCGGCAUAUGUUGGUUACUAUAUGAUAUGCACCAAAUUAGGAGCUAAAAUAAAUGCAUACGGAGAAACAUUUCAAUCAUCAUCAUUAAAAAUCAUCACAUCGGAUCCCUUGAGUACCACGGUGUGCGCGUCCACAGCAGAAAUAUCAUUUUCCCAUGUUCAACCACAUCAGCGAUUUGGUUGUUUGGAGUUGACAUUAAAGUCGCUUUUUGUAUCUUUGAACGAGUCGUUUCAAAAUCGAUAUCAAACUCUUAUCGACGAAGUCUCGGGUUUCACUGUGAUUUGCUUGUUCUGUAGUCAAAAUCUUCCUGAAAAUUGUUAAGAUGUUUUGGUGAAGAAGGAAAAAGCAUGAAGUCAACGAACGACAGAACAUGUUUAUGAUCAAUUUAUUACUUGAAGAGGUAAUUGCGAUUAAUGAUGAUGCUAAUUCAAAUCUUAUGGCGACAUUACAGAGUUAUGCUUGAUGACAGUGUCGUGCUUAUCAAGAAAUGGGCCUAUGGAGGAUCAAUUUACUCUGAGAAGAUGUACCGCGGUCUAGCGGUUUCAUCAUGGUGAGUGAUGUUGCCUAGAAUUCUCGCUUACCCGGUUCUAGUUUGCUGGGUGACUGAAGGUAUCCGACAAAAGUAUAGGACUUUUAAAACAAGCGUAUCACUUGUUAAAUAUAUGACAAUUCAUAAUCAUAAACUACUGGUCUUUUGAUUUCAAUCUUAUUAAUGGUUCAACUUUCAAAGAAUUGGCAAGCAAGAAAAUGUAAUGUUGAUUUAUGUCUCCUUACGUCAGUAUAGCCUUGGUAGUUAGUUCUCUUAAUUAGCGAUAAGUAUUGUCAACAGCUAUACCUUUUUUAAUUCCAAUUUUGACAACUAAAGUUUUGUAGGCUUUACAGAAAAAAAAAGGAAAUUGUUAUUUCCUUUUGUAAAUUAAAAUUGGAAAAAAAUGUAUUGAGGUUACUUAUGUCCUAAUAUUAUUUGAAGUUACUUAUCUCUUAAAGAAAAAAAGGAAAAUUUUCUGUAUAUAUAGGAUCACUCUUCUUCACCAAAUUAUUUUGAUUCUCAGAUUUCAAGUACGUGACCUAGGUCUUUUUCUUAACUUGGUGCCAAAGAAAUCAGAGAAUCGAUAAUAUAUUCCAUUGCAAUGGUACCACCAGAGCUAGAAUUCAAAAAGUAUCUCGGAAAGGGUUCCUAUGGUUCGGUGAGUCUCUUCAAGUAUUCGAAACCACACACGACUCUCUACACCGCGGUGAAGACUUGCAACUAUAAAAACGCCGAGUCUCUCCAGAAAGAGUUUGAAAUCUUGUCCCAAUUCAAGGGUUGUUCGAGAAUCGUCCAGUGCUAUGAAAACAGAGUUAUAGAGAAUCUGGACGUUGAGGGUAACCUAGAGUAUAUGAUGCUUAUGGAGUACGCAGCUGGAGGAAGCUUGAGGACUUUCAUGGAACGAUCCGAAGAUAAGAAACUGCCUGAUCCUUUGAUAAGAGAGUUUACUCGUAUGAUUCUCGAAGGCUUAGCCACGAUUCACGGACAAGGCUAUGUCCACUGCGAUCUCAAACCCGGAAACAUCCUUGUUUUCCCUAAAUGCGUCUAUAAGAAGGGCGCCUGGAGAUCGUCUUAUGAAUUGAAGAUUUCUGAUUUUGGGUUGACCAAAAGAGAUGGAGACAAUAAGUGGUGGCAUCCUCAUCGCCCGUUCGUGGGAACUGCGAUCUAUAUGUCGCCGGGAUCGGUUUCUCAUGGCGAGACAGGGAGAGGACUUGAUUUAUGGUCAUUGGGAUGUGUGGUGUUGGAGAUGUACACUGGAAAGAAACCAUGGUGGCAUAAUAACUAUGACUUGGAGGGUCUCAAGAAGUGGUACGCGCCACUGAUUCCGAGUGAUCUUCCUUGCGAUGCUAAACACUUUAUCAUGGCUUGCUUCACGUUAAAUACUGAUGAGAGAAAAGACGCGUUGACAUUGUUGGAGUAUAGCUUCUUGCGUGGAGAGGUUAAUAAGAUCACAAAGCCUCAUGUGAAGAAUGAGAAUAGGAAGGAAAUUUCUCUGACAUUGAGGAAAGUUCUGAAGAGGCCAUCAAAAGUUACGUCUCUUUUCAAAAGAGCGGGAGAAUUGAUGAAGAUAAUCAAGAAGCAGCCAAGACCACCGAGAGCCAAUUUGCUUCCUGUUUACCUUUGUUCCCUAGCAGAACCAUCUCAAAAGAUUUGGUUUUUCAUUUAUAGUUCUCUUUGUGUUGUAUUUAUUAUCAUAAUGUUAGUUUGUUUCUUUGGUUGAUUGUUAAAGAACAAUGACUCUAUGCUCGGGAAAUUGAGAGAUGAUGAUGGAGAGUGGAACCAAAACAAGUUCAGAUACUGAUGCGAGGAUUAGGAUUAUUACUAAUCAAUGGCUUAGUUUACACACUAUAUAUAUAAUAAG